GUAUCACCGCUAUCACGUAGUAUCCUUGUUGAGUGGCUCAAAGUUACAGAAGAAUUUGAUUGACACAAAAAUAAAUAAAUAAAAUAACAUAAUGGUUUAUUCGAAGUAGUCAAUAUAGAACUGAUUGGUAAUUAGGUAUACGAAGUAAACGGAAUUCUUUAAGUUAUCACUGGGAUUACGCAAUAAAUCUUGGUAAAAAUAAUACUACUAGAAAUAAGAAAGACUCUGGGAUUACAUAUCAACAUGGUUCAUGUAAAUAUUCUAAACAUCAUUAUCGCAAUUUUAAUGUGUUUCACUGAAGCCAAACCAAAUUGUACACAUUAUACUGAGCAACAAAAUAGAGUUUGCCUUUGUAUUGGUGACAACAGCGACUAUGUCUUGCGAAGAGGACUUGUUUCUGAUAAUAAUAGAACAACCAGCAUUAUCCUUAAAGACUGUAGCAUAACUAAGGUUGAACAAGAAUCCUUUGAACAUCUUCCAGCACUGAAAAGUAUUGAUUUAUCGUAUAAUAAAAUUAGAACACUAAAAUUAGGAGUUCUCGAUGGCACACGUGCAGUAACGCAUAUUAAUCUAUCAAAUAAUCGCUUGACGACUCUUCCACUUGGAUUAUUCGAUCAGAAAAAAGAUCUAUUAGAACUUGAUUUAAGUUCAAACGAAAUAGAUACUUUAAAGCUGGGAAUUUUUGAUCCGUUAACGAAACUUAAACAUGUCAAUUUGGCAAACAACUCUUUAACAGGAGAUAACGUGAAUCCUUACAUAUUUGAUAAAAGUAAAGGUAUACAGAGAUUGAAUUUUUCAAAAAACGACAUGCGUAAUGCAGAAGAUAUUUUGUUACACGCAUUCAGAGCUUUGGAAGUUUUGGAUUUAAAUGAAUGUCAACUUGAAGAUGUACCAGAUUUUGUUUCGUUACGAACCAAUCUUAACACUUUGAAACGUCUUUACUUAUCUUCGAAUAGUAUAAAGGAGUUGAGCAACCAUUUGAAAUUUAUUCAUUUAUCAAAUUUGGAGAUACUGGAUUUGUCUUUGAAUUUAAUAGAGACCAUCGGGGGAGACAUCUUUAACAUGACCAGAAAACUAAAAGUUGUUGUGUUAAGAGGUAACAGGUUGAAGAUAAUUCCUGAGACACUGUUUUACGGAAAGGCAUCCUUAUCCAAUAUAGAUUUAUCCCAUAAUUUAAUCGAGUAUGUUCCUGUUAAUGCAUUAAGAGGAACAAGAGUGAAGAAUUUAAAUUUGGCAAACAAUAAGUUCUCAUAUUUACAGGAUAAUUUUUGUUUGGAAAUAAGGAACUCUGGAGGAUUAUUGACUAAAUUUUAUUUCAAUCAAAAUCCAUGGCAAUGUGACUGCUUGUUACAAGUUGUUAAUGAAGUAAAGAGGAUGGGAAUAGAAUACAACAGCGCUAUGUAUGAUGGAAAACAUCCAGUUUGUGUUGUGACAGACCAAAAGGGCUGCCAGAGACAGGCGUCCUUCAAUGAGGUGUAUAUAUCUUUAUAUAACCGUGUUAAUGAAGAAAUAAUAUGAAAGUUAUCUGCCCUUUUAUUAAAACCUCAGUUAGAAUAAGUGUUAUCGUUUAUUAACCGACUUCCAAAAGUUAUCAAUUCGAUCGGUAUUUUUUUUAUGUAUGUACACCGAUUAUUCUGAGAUUUAUGAUUAGAUUUACGUAAUUCUUGUUGUUAAAUUUGUUUGAUGCGAAAUAGAUGCCAUUUGGUCCCAUAAAAAUUUUACAUAGUUUG